AGAUCCAGACUUCCAGAAGCUUCCAAGGCUCUGGCCACAGGCCCCAGCUCCCCUGAGCUGUUUGAGGAAUCCUGGCCAUCCAGCUCAGGGACCCCUUCCCCACCCAGCAGCACUGAGGACCAGGUGAGAGCCUCUCCACCACCCACCGUGACUGACAGCAGGGACUCCGUGGUGGCCAAGUACAUAAACCGGUUCCGACAGGCUCAGCCCACAAGCCGAGAAGAAUGCCAGUCUGCAGGCCCAACUCCAGCUGACUUUUGGUGGCUGCAGCCUAAAUCUUCAGACCCUGGCAGUGAACUUGCAGCAGCAGGAGCCCAUGAACCAGAAGGAAGACCCAACACAGCAGUCCUGACUCAUGCUAAGAUGGCCAGUGCAUCGAAGGCUAAGGCUAUGGCACCCCUUCAGGAAAUGAAGCAGAGUCUCAACACAUGGAACUCAUCCCUGCUGGACUUGGAGACACUGAGCUUGCAAAGCAGAGCUGCCAGGCUGCUCAAACGCAGCACGGCCUCCAUCUCCUCCACCUCCUCGCUCAGCCCCAGCGAUGGCGGCAGCUCCUCAUUCCCCGUCAGCUCUGAUGGCCUCUCUCCCUUCUCCAUGACCUUCACUCCUGACUCCAUCAAGGACCCUGACCUCAAGGCACAAGCAACCCCAGCAUCUGCCCCCAUCCCUACUCCUGCCCCGGCCUCCUCUCAGGCACCCCUGCGGCCAGAGGAUGACAUUCUGUACCAGUGGCGGCAGCGGCGGAAACUUGAACAAGCUCGAAGAAGCCAGGGUGACGGAACCUGGGUGCUGCCGCAGACCCCUGCCCUCACCACCUCGGUCCCUUCCCCCAUCUGUCCACAGCCACCUCCUCCCGCUGCGGAGACCCUUGGUUCCCUGGGAACCCAGUCUAACUCCAUCCCACUUUGGGGCAGUGUGGUUCCGCCUGGUCUCCAGGAAGCUUUCCGCAUGGAGAGGCCUCCUAUUCCCCCAGGGUUCUCUCCACACAUCUUUUGGGGUCCCAGUCCCCAUGGAUUCUUCUGGGCCCCACAGCCCAGUCCCUGGAUAUCUCUUGGGGUCAUCCCUCCAACACUCCCGGCCUCCACCCCAGCGCCCCCGGCCUCCACCCCAGCACCCCCGGCCUCCACUCCUGCCCCUCCAGCCUCAGCCCCUGCGCCCCGUGCCUCCACACCCACGACCCCUGCAGCCCCCCAGGGGCCCCCCAUCCCUGCACCAAGCAGCCCAGAGGAGCUCGAGAAGCAGACCUCCAAGCCUCGGAGAAGGAGAGCCCAACGCCGGGAGUCUUCAGGGCGAGUCAUGGCCGCGGAUGAGCACGAGGGCCCGGGCCCUCAGCUCAGAGGCGCGCUGGGACAGGUGGUGACGGCUCGGCUGUUUCCGGACAGCCUGGAGGACACGCCCCCCCGGCUUGAGGGCCCGCCUCCACACGAGGCUGAACCUCGGAAAGCCAAGGACACACACGCUCUGACCCCUCGCUCAGAGGUCACGGCUCAUGUAUCUGAAUCUCCGGGUCGGUCUAAGGCGGGGUCUCGGAAUGCCAAGACCCUGCGCCCCCUAGCGGGAUCGCCCAAGAUCCUGCCUCCUCCAGCUGAGGUGGUGGCCACUUGUGUUAAGGCCCCGCCCCCUCCGUUCGAGGCGGGGUCUCUUGAGGUGGUAGCCACGCCCUCACCCUCUGCUGGCCACGCCCCCUCAGAAGACCUGCUCUCCCAAGCUGCCAGACUUCUGCAGGCUGCGGAAGACUCCGAUGGCAGCGAGUUCCAGGACGACCCUAUACUGCAGGUGCUAAGGAUUCAAAGGACGGCGCUGCGCCGGCAGAAAAGGUGA